AUUGCUGCUACCCCAAGGACCCAAGGACCCAAGGACCAAGUCACUAAGGUCAGAGUUCCUGGUUCUGCUCUCUUCGCGUUUUGGCGCCCAAAACCAAAGGGCGUAAGCCGCCAAGGAGGGAAAGACAGAGGCAGAGAGGUAUGUGCGGACCAUGGGGCACCUUCACUAAGCGCUCCUUCUCAAAACUCUCCUCCCUUCUCAGGAACUCCACAGGAAUUGCUUCCGCUUCUGCUUCUGCUUCUGCCUCUGCUUCGCUUUCCUCCUCCUCUUCCGGUCCCUCUCCUUCCAGACUCGCCAUGGAUGAACUACAGACCCUCAAGACUCGCCUCUGCAUCAUCGGUAGCGGUCCCGCUGCUCAUACCGCCGCUAUCUACGCCGCCCGUGCAGAACUCAAACCCAUCCUUUUUGAAGGUUGGAUGGCCAAUGGUAUUGCCCCCGGUGGUCAACUCACUACCACCACCGACGUGGAGAACUUUCCCGGUUUCCCCGAUGGUAUCAUGGGUAUGGAGCUCAUGGAUCGCUGUCGCAGCCAGUCCGUACGCUUCGGCACAGAAAUCUUCACCGAGACCGUUACCAAGGUCGAUUUCUCCACUAACCCUUUCAAGAUUUUUACCGAUUCCAAGUCUGUUAUUGCCGAUGCUGUUAUUGUCGCCACCGGUGCCGUCGCGAAGCGUUUGAAGUUCCCUGGUUCGGGUGAUGGACAAGGUGGGUUCUGGAAUCGAGGGAUCUCUGCUUGUGCGGUUUGCGAUGGUGCGGCCCCUAUAUUCAGGGAUAAGCCGUUGGCUGUGAUCGGAGGAGGUGAUUCCGCUAUGGAGGAGGCCAAUUUUUUGACCAAGUUUGGGUCUAGGAUUUUUAUCAUCCACCGCCGGGAUACUUUUAGGGCUUCCAAGAUCAUGCAGAAUCGUACAUUGAGCAAUCCUAAGAUCGAGGUUGUGUGGAACUCGGAAGUCGUCGAAGCCUAUGGAGAUGGAGAUAAGGGGGUUUUGGGAGGUUUAAAGGUGAAAAAUGUGGUGACCGGGCAGGUGUCGGAUUUGAAGGUUUCUGGUUUGUUCUUUGCCAUCGGGCAUGAGCCGGCAACCAAGUUCUUGGAUGGCCAACUAGAACUUGAUUCUGAUGGUUACGUUGUGACGAAGCCCGGAACAACACAGACGAGUGUUAGAGGUGUCUACGCGGCUGGUGAUGUGCAGGACAAGAAGUACCGACAAGCGAUUACUGCAGCUGGCACAGGAUGUAUGGCUGCAUUGGAUGCCGAGCACUACCUGCAAGAGAUUGGUUCCCAGGAGGGUAAGAGUGAUUGACUAUCUGUGGACUGCACCAGUAAACCAUCCUCAUCUCAAAAAAUUUCUUCGUAUUUGUAGAAGGAAGCUUUCAGUUGCAUUUAUUUGCGCUCUCACCGGGAUCUUUUCUGUUAUAACGAGAUGGAAAAAUAAUUUCUGCAAGUUUUCCCAUAAAAUUUUUAUUGUUAUCGUUCUGCUACAAAUCUUUGUGUUGAUUGAUCAAGCAUUUGUAGUACUGUUCUCUGUGGAUCCUGAUAUUUCAGAAAUGAUAUAAACAGCUUGAAGAAAUCAUUUAUAGGAAUUUAUAAAAAAAUGAAAUUAUUAUUGGUGGAAA